CGUACGCCUGCCAGACAGCUGUCACGGACUGCAACACGUGCAGAAAGCGUGAAUUCUUAAUAUUGCGCCCCAACAAGCAGACGAAUCUCUUGAUUGUUGUGAACGAUUGUUAUGUCUCUUUUAACUUCUCGUCUUAUUACUGGUCGUUUGAGUGAAAGGUUGCUGAGCAGCUGCAGCAAAUUUCGAGGUUAUACAUGCAACGAGAUGUUGGCUUUACGCAGAGCUACACUGUUCCAGUUCACAAGACCUCUCGUGACACGCACAGGAUUUCACAGACGACGUGAAUCAAGCCAACCCUUGCCGAACAAUGUUCACACAACCCUACAUCAAGUGGAAGGAUCCUUGUUGCAGAACCCACGCUCUGAGUACCGCUGUGUGCGGAAAUAUCAGGGCAAAGUGAAGGCUGUCAUAUUGGAUUGGGCUGGAACUGUUCUUGAUUGUGGAGUUUACUCACCAGCUGUUGUAUUCAUUGAUGUGUUUAAGCAUGAGGGUGUGCCAAUUACAAUGGAGGAAGCCCGUGGUCCUAUGGGAGCUCACAAGAAGGUUCACAUCAGGAAAAUCACUCAAAUUGAUUCAGUUCGUGACCGAUGGAGGGAGAAGUUUGGUCGAUAUCCAGAUGAGUCAGAUGUCGAGAGGAUGUUUAAUAACUUCGUUCCUUUACAGCUGGCUUGUCUGUCAGCCUAUUCCAAGAUGAUUCCUGGUGCAGUAGAGACAGCCAACUAUCUGCAGAAAGGAAUGGGUUUGAAGAUUGGUUCAACGACUGGGUUUACGACUGCUAUGGUUCAAGUGUUAAAGGAAGAUGCAGAGAAAGAGGGAUAUGUUCCUGACUGUUAUGUGGCUGCUGAUGAAGUGCCCCAGGCACGCCCGUAUCCCUACAUGGUAUGGCUCAAUGCCAUUCGUCUGGACGUGAAUCCUGUCGAGGCAAUAGUCAAGGUGGACGACACAGUGGAUGGUAUCCGAGAAGGAACGUCUGCUGGCUGCUGGGCAGUUGGUCUGGCAGAAACAGGCAAUUAUGUGGCACUGAAUGAGGAGGAGAUUGCUGCCCUUAGUGAGGAGGAAUACGAAAGGAAACUGGGACGAUCGUACAACAUUCUGGCUGAUGCUGGCGCUCACUAUGUCAUCAAUUCGAUCACUGAUCUACCUCCAGUCAUCGAUGACAUCAACAGACGCCUUGCCAGUGGAGAAAAACCGUAAUGCAGUAGAAGAGAAUGAGAACACACCAGACGGUUGCCUCAUCAAGACUGGUAGCUUGGGACCACAGAAACUGAUUGGAGAUUGAUUAGGGGGGACUGCAUCUCUGAUAUCAGAUAUUUAGCACAUUUCUUCCUGUUUGUUCACACUGCUUUGCUAAGCAGCAUCAGUAUACCACCUGUAAGGAACCAAUAGAAAGUUGUCGAUUAGCAUUCCUCCAAA